UAGCACCACUAAUCAGCAGUCUUGCUUCACGAUAACGUUCUGCUUCACCAGCUGCUCCUGCACACUCUGAGCGGCUCAUUUUCGCUGAUCAGCUUUUUGUGACGACUUAUCCCCAGCUUCACGCCUUUUCACAUUUGACGAACAUCUCAACAUGAGCAUGGACGCUGGCGGUCUUGCUCACAUGACUUAUAACAACAGUCCUAAUGGCUUCCCAGCCGGUGGCCUUGGCGUGCCCGGCGCAGGCUUCGGUAACCGCUCUCGCCUCAGCAAUAAGAGGCUGAGCGUCGCCUUGCCUCCAAGGGUCAACCCGAUCCAGGAGAAUCUGGUCGACAAUCCGACUCCGCGCACCAGCCGCUCACACCUGCUUGCAGGUCUUCGUACGCAGCCGAAGCAGACGAACGUUCCGGCUUCCGCUCCUUAUCAUCAGACCGAGCACCAGGUGCAAGGUCUGGGUGCUUCCCGAUGGGCUAAUCCAGCCUACAAUAAUGGAUAUGGCCAGAAUGUCCCGCAGACUGCCACAGGCACUGGCUUCAACCUGGCCAACCAGUAUGCCAUGAGCGCUGGUCAGCAGAUGUAUGCACUGCCCGAGCAAGUUAUGGCACCGCCGAAUUUGUACGAUCAGAUGGAGGAUGUUGAUCCUGCUGUACUCCAGCAGAUGCAAAUGACCAGCUUAUACCUCGCUCAGCGUAAAGAGCAGCUCCAGCAGCAGCUCGCCAGCCUUACCGCUGCAACGCAGGGAAUAAGUCUGAAUACCAACAUGCAGCAUGCCAGCUUUCAGGCUCCCAUGACGCCGCAGACGCCCACGAACUACUACCCGCAGCAGCAGCAGCAGCAGCUUAUGUCGCCAAUCGAAGUUCAGCCUGGCUUGUUCCUCAUGUAUAACCCGGCCAUCCAGGGCUACAGCUAUGUCAUGGAUCAGUCUGCUCAGCAGCAGCAGAUGCAGACGUCUAUGUCACCAAUCCAGCAUGGUCAGGCAACUGCCUUUUCUCCAGCUGCUUACGAGCCGCCAACUCCAAGCGUGCAGAUCUCUCCGCCGGGUACUGAGAGAUCUACACCCACGAACGGGCGCUCCUUCACCCCACCCAAAAAGGCACCUUCUCCACCUUCCACGCUUGAGCACGUCGAGCCGCUUCCGCCGCCAUCUGCCAACGCUUUCCGCCGCGGACACAAGAAGGCCGUUUCCUCGCUCUCUAUCAAUCCAAAUGGUAUCGUCACGGACGGGCCAAAGACGGCUUCCGCUGCGAUGUUCGGCGCUCAGCGAGGCAUCUACCCGCCUACGCCGGCCACAGGCACCUUUGGCCCUGGCGCUGCACGUGCCGGUGAGCACCCAUUGCGUCAACCUCGUGGCCCACCGCCGCUCGAGCAGCUCACCGUUGCCCCGACGAGCAAGCAUGAGGGAAGCAAGAAUUUUGCCACCCGUCAGCGCCGCCGCGCUCUUGACAGCCUGAUGAAGGCUGGCACGAGCCGCCGUGCUGUCUCUCGCUCCUCAAACGGCACCCCGCUUAGCGAGAGCGACUUUAAUCUUUCCGUCGCUGAAGACGUUGAAGACAUCAUCUCCGUCAGUAGCGCUGGCAGCAGAAAGAUGAGCCCGAUCGGCUCGGAGAUGAAGGAGAAGCGUGGCUCUCAAGGCUCUGCCGAUGGCUACUUUGGUCUGACUUGCAGCUCUGCUAGCAGCAGCGAGAGCGAGGAGAUGGGUGCCUUCAAGCAGCCUUUGACCCCGGUUACACCCGGCGACCGCAAGCAGAUGAUGCUUGGCGUCCUUUCCGCGGCUGAGAAGAGGAAGAGCUUCGUCUUCUAAGUGUGCAUUGACGUGCUCUCCGAACGUACGCUCUAGCUUAUCAACAUCAUACUAUUGCUACGAUAUGCGAUGUGGGAUCUGAGAUGGUUGGGUUAUGACGCUCCGUGCAAUGCUAGAAGCGGAUCACGACAACAAAAGAGCGUAGCGAGCGCGGCGCAUCACCUGACAGUUGCAGCGCACUAUGCAUGCGGCUGGUGCUCGAUACACUGUGCAUAUUGAUUUGUUUCUUGGCGAGCCUGUAUUCUUGCUAGCUAGCUUGCAGAUAACGGCCGAUGAUGAACCACCGUCACUCCUUCGAUAAUGUCUAUCUCAUAAACCAUCUAAG